AUGAACCUUGCGACGACGGCGCCGGAGCUGGUGCUGGUGCUGCGCCCGGGCUCCGGUUGCCCUGUUGCUCGCCUGCCCGACCGCUCCGCCUUGCCUCCUGCUGCGCCACCGCGCGCCGAGCUGCCCCGCGUGCUCCGCCGCCAGCCGCUGUUGCCACCUGCGCUGCGCGCCGCGCCGCCGCCUGCAUCGUUCGCGCCGCUGGCCGCACCACCUCCACUUCCGUCCGCCCCUUGGCUCGGCCUCCGUGCUGGAGUGCCGGCAGACCGCCGGCCAGAGCCACCCCCGUGCGCCGACCGGGAGGAAUCGAGAGGAUUGAAGAAGAAGAAGAUAAGAUCUAACCCCGAGGUUUCACCUUUUCGCAAGAUUUAUUCUCUGAGUCUAAGGUCAUCUUUCUUGCUAGCCCCUGUAGUCUACGGUUAA